CCUCGACGAACUUGAAAUCGGUCCUCACUGGAGGAGAAACGAGGAAGAGGAUGGACGACGUGCAGAUGUACGAAGGGUCGGACGAGCCGGGUCCUUCCAAUGAAGCGCAUCUACACGCACAAGAGCAGCCAGCAGAAAACGAAGGAGGAGGCCAGCAGGGUCAAGUCGUCGCCUCCCUCUAUCCUCCGAUUCCGGGCGUCUACGCUCGCUUCACGAGGCAGAACAUCCACCGGUACCGCGUCCUCAGAGAUCGCCUGGACGAUGCAAUGCGCGAGGAGUGGAACGAGAUCGAGCCGAGCGAGAGAAUAAAGAGGCAAGGGCUGUUGCUUGAGGAAGCUGAGUCGGCCCUGGCUGCCGAGCGAGGUGGUGCCCUGGACGUGGAUCCCCAAGGCAAGACAGAAAACGAGCAGCCGAGUCUCCUGCCCGCACCAGACUGGGAUGUGAUGCUCGAAAUGGGUGGACCAAAUGUCGACUGGAUCGAGCAAGAUGGAUACUAUUCAUGCUUUGGCGAUCGAUGGCCAAUCGACGAGCAACUGCCCAAUCUUCAAGACACGGGUGUGAGACAGAUGUAUGAGCCGGGAAUCCGCGACCGCCGACCGACGCUGCACGUUCUCCUUCGCACCCUUCUUCAGACCUACCUCACCCUCAUCGACCAGAUUCUCCUUCCUCCCAAAGAGUACUACUUCCGCACCGAAGUACCCGUGGGCGACGAUGGGCCCGAGGGCAUGAUGGCCACCCAAGAAGGAUGGCGAUUCGUGACCCAAGACAUUGCAGGCGAGAUCAACGACAUUGUCGUCAAUUUUCAGCAUCUCCUCAAUGAGCUAAGACCGGUACAGGCGAGAGAGACGCUAAGGAGUACAAUGGAGGAGCAGGUUAAGAGGAGAAAAGAGGAAGCGGCCCUGAUCAGAAGACAAUGCCAGGCCAUGCGAGCGGAGGUCCAGCGCAUGAAGAACGACAUGGGUGCAGAACAAGGCAAAGCGCACAGCUCGGUGUGAUUGAUACCUUGAAUUGUACUUAUACAUCUUGCUACAUUGACCGGUCUACUUUUACG